AAAGCGCACAUGCAUCGCGCUCAACAUCAGUCCCCGAGUCGUUCUCGAACCAAUCAGUCCCGUGACAAGUUCCUUUAAUUUUUUAUCAAAAUGAAAUAUUUAAUUUUCAUGAUUUUGGCAGUGGCAGCAACCCAGGCGAAGGUCUUCAUGUCACCCAACAGCCUUUCUGUUGUCAUGGAGAGAAAUGAAGUUGACGAUGCACCCUUGGCCCAGGAAGCCAUGCUGUCAGAGGAGCUAUACAUCCCGAUGGCGCAACUGAGGACGUGCGACAACAACCGCUGCGAGGCCGCCUGCCAUGCCCUCGGCUACCAGCACGGCCGAUGCGUCAGUGCCACGACGUGUCAGUGCUACCACUAUGAGUAGCACGGCAACGUUGGCAGCACUGGAUCGAUGCGGUUUAGGGCGUAGGCCCAGCCCCGCACAUACCUAACUGCCCUAGUUCUUAUCAAAAUAUCUGUCUACUUAGGUAUGAGUUUUAUUUUUCUUUUAAAUAAUGUUGUUUGAAUAUAAAUACUAAAAUGAUAAAAAGUUAUUUUUAAUUUAUAGAACCC